ACAGUCACGAAAUUUUGCCUCUUUGUCCGACCGACGCCGCCGAUCGUCUUUAUAAUUAAAUACCUCGUCGGUUGUUGACGUGAAAAAGGUGCACUCUUUAUUUUAUCGCAUCUACGGUUUCGAGGAAUCAAGACAAUUUGGAAUUUCGAUUAUUUGGGAGUUUGUGUUUAAUCCGGAGUUAAAAAAGUGAGAAUGUCAUGACUUCGUGAACCAUAUAUACAUAAAAGUGUACGGCGAAUACUAUAGAGAAGGACCCGGGCUUGAUUUAUAUUUAGAUAGAUUUGUCGAUAUAAGUGUAGAGCAGAGUUGCGAGAUAGAAUCUUGAAGGAGCUCCGAAAAGAAAAAAAAUACGAAGGUGCAAGUAUGUCGGACCCGGAACUCGAAGCGUUGCGACAGCAACGUCUGGCUCAAUUGCAGGCUCAAUAUAAGGGUAAUAAUGCCAACGAUAAACAGAUGGAGGAGAGGAUGCAGCAAAUGGAGGAGAUGAAACAUGCUAUACUGACCCAAGUGUUGGAUCAGUCGGCUAGAGCGAGAUUGAAUACGCUUUGCCUUGGAAAACCGGAGAAGGGCAAAAUGGUGGAAGAGAUGCUCCUGAACAUGGCACAACGCGGACAGCUACCUGGCAAACUUGGAGAGAAAGAACUGAUCAACUUACUCGAAAAUGUCAAUCAGCAGACGCAAAAGAGGACGAUAGUCAAAUUUGAUAGAAGAAGAGCAGCUAUGGAUUUCGACGACGAUAUGGACUUGUAGCAAUUGUACAAAUUUUUCAUUCAAGAGUGUUUAAAUUAGAGACAUUGCGCUCAUGGUUCAUAUUUGCAGUAAGUUACAAUACCCACUACUUUUUGCUUAGUCCUGUUAUUUUUAUGUGCUGCAUUGAAAUAAAAAAGAAAAUUACUAAUGACACUUGAGCGAAUUUUGGUAGUAAUUAGGGGUUCAUCGCAAUAUUAUCAUUCACUUUGCAAUUGAAUGUUGCGUACAUCUGUAAUAGUAGUAACUUGAUUGAAAUACAGAUUUCCAAUGGAUUAUCAUUCACCUCAUAAUCUUCCACUUUUCGAUCUUCCAGAGAUCAAAAAAUCAUUUUCAUACAGAGCCCCACCUAUUAUAUUUCUCUCUGUAAUAAUAGUAAUAAUAAUAUAUAUCUGGAGAAAUAUUUACUCUUUAGAUCUUUUUUUUGUAUACAUAUAAAUACAUUCAGCAAACACAAUUAUUUUUCCAUUCUAAAAAGAAAUGACAGUCACACUUGCAGUCUACAACAGUACAACAAACAUUUCGCACAACCUGCACACAAUGCUAAAUAUUAUUUUAUCCAUACAUAUACAAAAACCAAUUAGUUUGAUGUUUAAUAUGAUUUUACAAACUAUGUGAACAAUUGUGUUUAAUAUACAAAUUUUUGAUAUAUAUUACAUACUCUUUUUUUUUCUUUUCUUUUUUUUUUGUUAAAGCUGUGUUAAGACAAAAUUUUCCCAGUGUGUACAUAUUCGCUUAAUUCCGUAGGUCGUAUUGUCUGGAGGAAUACACAUAAUUUCUCUUUUAUAUAUACAACACGUAAAAGAAAUUAGCAUCGUAUGUACGAAAUGGAUCAAGAAUAAAAUAUAUAUGGAAUGUCGAAAA